AUGUCCACCAUUCCCACCAUGUCCACCAUCCCACUGUCCCUGUCCACGUUGUCAAUCCCUCUGAACGCAUCAACUUCUCCUUCCCCCUCCACCGCUCCAGCCUCCGUCCCACUCCCACCAUCUUACUCCUCGGACAUCCAUGAGCCGGAGUUCACCAUCAUGAUCGCCCUGGGCUUGUCUCUGCUACUGGCCGGUAUUGCUGCUUUUCUGGUGGUGUGUCAACCCUCCACUCGAGAAGACGACUCUGAGACUAACUUUGAAGACAGUUUCAGGAGUAGGAACAAGUCCGGAGAGCCCCAGCUCAAGAAGUGGAAGAGGUUUGGGUCCUACCGCAGAUCGUACAACGCUUCAUUCAGGCGCCCGCCAAACAGAAGACCCGAGAGUAUACACUUAACACAAAUUCUGCCCAAAGAAGCAAUUAAGCAGCCCAAAACGACAACGCCAUGCAUGUGUGACUAUGUGACUGAAAUUUAA